AAAUGACACAACUCACACACCUUCUCUCCACCAAACACUAUUAUUGCUCUUAACUACUGUUGUGCUGUAAAAUUUCACCCUCUUCAAUUCUUUUCUUUCCCACCACUUUUCUCACACCAUCAUCAUCUUUCUUCAACUUCUUCAGAAACACACACUUCAACAUAAACAACAUUAAAAAAAAAAAAUCCCAGUUAAUGAUACUCACGUUCCACAUUGUUGGGGACACUUUUCUUGGAUCCAACACCAGAAAGACAGCAACUUGUCUAUCAAAACCGAACAUUUUCUUUAAUUCUGGUUAAGGGUCUUCUCUUCUCUUCCAAGAAAAAAAAGUGAGUUUUUUUUUUUAUCCUUUUUCCUUUUCAGUGUGAGUCAUGACCGAGGUGCUUCAUUUCUCCUCUUCUUCGUCGCCAACCGCUUCUUCCUCUGACGGCAUUCUGAUUGUCUCCGCCGAGCAAGAAACGGCGCUACCCUCGUCUGCGGUGGUGGAGGGGUUUGCUACGGUCACCGACUGUGAGGCGCGCGGGGUCACAGACACGACGCAGCAGGAGCUGUCGCUGCUGGCCAUUCUUGUGACCCUUUUGAGGAAAUCGUUGAUUGCUUGCAAGAGUGAGGGGAGAGGUGACCUCUGCACCAUGGAGAUUGGCUGGCCUACUAACGUGCGCCAUGUUGCGCAUGUCACCUUCGACAGGUUCAACGGCUUCUUGGGCUUGCCACGUGAGUUCGAACCAGAAGUCUCCACAAGGUCUCCCAGUGCUAGUGCAACUGUUUUUGGAGUUUCAACAGAAUCCAUGCAGUUAUCAUAUGACACAAGAGGGAACAGUGUUCCAACCAUACUUUUACUAAUGCAAAGGCAUCUGUAUGCUCUCGGAGGGUUGCAGGCAGAGGGGAUUUUCAGAAUUAAUGCAGAUAAUACUCAAGAGGAGAAUGUUAGGGAUCAAUUGAACAGGGGAUUGGUCCCAGAAGAUGUUGAUAUACAUUGUUUAGCUGGACUGAUUAAGGCUUGGUUUAGGGAACUGCCUACUGGUGUUCUGGAUUCUUUAUCACCAGAGCAUGUAAUGCAGUGCCAAACUGAAGAUGAUUGUGCAGAACUGGUUAGGCAGCUACCUCACACUGAAGCAUCCCUCUUGGACUGGGCUAUUAAUCUGAUGGCUGAUGUUGUCCAAGAGGAACGCCUGAAUAAGAUGAAUGCACGCAACAUUGCAAUGGUUUUUGCACCAAACAUGACUCAUAUGGCAGACCCUUUGACUGCAUUGAUGUAUGCAGUUCAAGUGAUGAACUUCCUGAAGACACUUGUAUUAAGGACACUCCGAGAGAGAAAGGAUUGUGUGGUAGAAUCGUCUCCUGGGUUUUGCUUAGAGCCUUCUGAUGAGAAUGGGGAUCACAGUCUUCUGGAGUCCUGCCAGCAAGAUGAUGUUGGCACUGAAAGUGAAGAGUCUGGAGAAACCUUUGUUUCCGAGAAAAAUGUAUCAGAAUGUUCUCCUGAAUCUCUCCAAAACAAAUAUUCAACUAUAGGAGAAUGUGGCAGUUUGAUAGGCUCUUCUGAGAAUCUGGAAUUUGAGGAGGAAUUGCUUUCUGAGUUUCCAACCAAAGGAAACCUUGAAAAGAGUAAGAGUGGACAAUCAAGUGAUUCCAUUGCUAAAAGGGGGUCCAAAAAAACCAGGGGCCUGCAACAACCUGUGAUCCAUGCAACAGUGUCUGCAGAGAAAAAGGGUAUCAGUAAUCUGAGUCGCAUAGAUUCAAGAUCAGAGCGAAUAGAAGCCUGGCGGUGAAAGGAUUAUCCCUGUGAUUGAAUGUAGUUUGAUUCUGACAUUGUGCAUUGUAAUUGAAGUUUGUUUCAUGUACAAGUUUGUGAAGUGGUUCAAGUUUUAUUUCCUCUGUUUGUUUACUUGGUGGAUUCUAGACUGACAUUGUACCGAAAUAACAGUUCCUGUAUGUGUUUAUUUGUGUUCUCAACUUCUCGUAA